AUGGCAUCAAAGUCUGAUUUAGCUUGUAUUUACUUCGCUCUCAUCCUGGUUGAUGAUGAUGUCACUAUAUCUGUUGUUAAAACCCCUACGAUCCUGAAAGCCGCCUCGAGGACGACGAGUCCCACUGGCCGUUUCUUUAAGCGAAGGACCAAUGUCCGUGACCUGAUCAUCAAGAUCGGAUCCGGUGACAGCGCGCCACCCGCCGCGGGAGCGCCCGCCGCGCAUGCCGCUGAAGCCGCCAAGGAGCAGAAAUAG